GGUCAAUGGCUCUUAUCACCACCAAUCAGUUCCGCAAACGUCUAUUGGCUGUGCCAAUAGCCAAUGAACAUACAUGUUGGUAGUUAUCUCAUAGUAUCACAUGUGUAAGACUUCCAGCAGAUCAUCAGAAUGCUUCGUCGAGAGACGAGACUUAGACGGGAGUACCUGUACAGGAAAGCCCAAGAAGACAGAGUACGCACUAUUGAGGAGAAGAAACAGAAGCUGAAGUCUGCACUAGAUGACAACCGUCUCAUUCCAACUGAGGUCCGCAGAGAAGCUGUGCAGCUACAGAAGUUACUAGAAUAUGACGAUGAAGGAGCUGAGGGUGUCAGCUCCCAUAUGGAUGACGAGUAUAAGUGGGCUGGAGUGGAGGAUCCCAAGGUCAUGGUCACUACGUCAAGAGACCCUAGCUCAAGGCUGAAAAUGUUUACCAAGGAGGUGAAGUUGGUCUUCCCGGGUGCUCAACGCAUGAACAGGGGAAAUCAUGAAAUCAAUUCCCUGGUGCAAGCUUGCAAAGCCAACAAUGUAACAGAUCUGGUCAUUGUGCACGAGACUAGAGGACAGCCAGACGGCCUUGUGGUGUGCCACCUACCGUUUGGACCAACAGCCUACUUCACCCUGUACAAUGUAGUCAUGAGACACGACGUACCAGACAUUGGUACCAUGUCUGAAGCUUUUCCCCACCUCAUUUUUCACAACUUUUCCUCACGACUUGGUCAAAGGGUGUCCAACAUCCUAAAGUACCUGUUUCCAGUACCCAAAGAGGACAGUAAACGUGUCAUCACAUUUGCCAACCAGGAGGAUUUCAUUUCUUUCAGACACCACACAUAUAAGAACACAAAUCACAAAAAUGUUGAGUUGACAGAAGUGGGGCCCAGAUUUGAAAUGAAAUUGUAUAUGAUUAAGCUUGGUACCCUGGAGAAUGAGAGCACAGCGGACGUUGAAUGGCGCCAUCACUCAUACACGCACACUGCUAAAAAGAGAAAGUUUCUCAGUGUGGAGUAGUGUUCUAGUGUCCGUUACUCUAAACAUGGGGAUGUAUUUGGCCAUUUCAUUUGUGCUGCAUGGAAAUGUGACCUGAUAUUUCUUGGGGCUUUGUCAUGGUCAGAGGUAUCCAUGUACUUUAUCCAUUUAGCCCCUCCCCCCUCAUACCUUUUUGUGCAAUCUACCAUAUUUUGUACCUUGGGUUUAUUUACAUCCAUUGAAAUGGAUAACCUUUCUAAAUAAACACUGCUUUAAAUCAUC